CACCGGUCAAGUCUUGGCGGAAUCGCUUUCAGGUUUCAGCUUCCACCACUGUAAAGAAGAAGAAGAAGAAGAAGAAGCAGCCAACAAAUUCUCACUUCUCAGUAACCAAAACCCUUCGUUUGAGCUCUCAUUCCAAAUCACAAUCCCUAGCUUUGGUUUCAGCUUGCGCUUCCGAUCCGAGUGAGCAUAUCAGAGCCCUAAAUUGGCGUUGCCGAGGGAUCAAACUCUCUCGCAAUUCUUCAUGGCGCAUCGAAGAACGAAGCUCCUUUUCAUUCUUCUAUGCGCUCUCUGCUAUUCUCUCAAUGCUAUCGCCGGAAAGAGCUACUACGAUAUACUUCAAGUUUCCAAGGGUGCUUCGGAGGAGCAGAUAAAGAGGGCGUAUAGGAAGCUUGCAUUGAAGUACCACCCUGAUAAGAACCAGGGCAAUGAAGAAGCUAAUAAGAAGUUUGCUGAAAUUAGCAAUGCAUAUGAAGUGUUGUCGGAUAGUGAGAAGAGAAACAUUUAUGACAGAUAUGGUGAGGAGGGUUUGAAGCAGCAUGCUGCCAAUGGUGGCAGAGGUGGUGGAAUGGGAAUGAACAUCCAAGACAUUUUUAGCUCUUUCUUUGGUGGUGGUUCGAUGGAGGAGGAAGAGAAGAUUGUGAAAGGUGAUGAUGUGAUUGUUGAAUUGGAUGCAAGCCUUGAAGAUUUAUACAUGGGAGGUUCCUUGAAGGUUUGGAGAGAGAAAAAUGUGUUAAAGCCAGCACCAGGAAAAAGGCGCUGCAACUGUAGAAAUGAGGUUUAUCACAAGCAAAUUGGGCCUGGGAUGUUUCAGCAGAUGACGGAGCAGGUCUGUGAGCAGUGUCCUAAUGUCAAAUAUGUAAGGGAGGGCUAUUUUAUCACCGUUGAUAUAGAGAAAGGCAUGCAAGAUGGGCAGGAGGUACUAUUCUAUGAGGAUGGUGAGCCUAUCAUAGACGGAGAAUCUGGAGAUUUAAGGUUCCGUAUCCGAACUGCACCCCAUGAUGUCUUCAGAAGGGAAGGCAAUGAUUUGCACACCACUGUCACUAUAACCCUGGUUCAAGCCCUUGUUGGAUUCGAGAAGACCAUCAAACAUCUAGAUGAGCAUCUGGUGGACAUAAGCACAAAGGCAAUUACAAAGCCAAAGCAAGUGAAGAAGUUCAAAGGGGAGGGUAUGCCAUUGCAUAUGAGCACGAAGAAAGGAGAUCUUUACGUCACUUUUGAGGUUCUAUUCCCCACAUCACUAACGGAGGAACAAAAAAAACAGAUACAAGCAAUUCUUGGUUAGAAUACGUGUAAGAUACGUUCACGUAAAAUAGAUUCCCCUUCUUUUCUUUCUCUUCUUUCAUGAUGAUGGUCAUUCUGUAAUCCUUGCCUUCCUCUGGAUACUAAUGUCUAAUCAUUGUGGUACUUUCUUUUUGUCAAGAUACGAGGAAAAUAUAACAUUAGCUUAAAAGCAGCAUACAUUCGCCAUGCGUGGUUAAUACA